AUGGCACCACCUCCGGUUCCAGGCUAUCGCAACCAUGAUCGUGGUCAAGGUUCGCGAUACAACUACCCAGCUUCAGCCAGUAUGAAUGCUCAGGACGCUCAUAUCGCGCCAAGCGGGAACUUUACCGCCUCGGUGGUCGCUGCAGGAGGCGGCUCGUCAGAUGAGACUGCCGAGUCCACCUAUUAUGGCGGGGAAUCCGCAAAGGCUGCCUCUUACAGGCCCACUGGCUCCUCUGCGAAUGAUUGGGAUGAUAGCUGGGGUGCUGGCCCUCCUGUAGCGACCGGCUGGGGCACUGUUUCUGAUAAAAGUUCUGGAUGGGGUUUGAAGGAAUCCAAAGGCACCAAAGAAACCUCCAAGGAAGGAUCUAGACCAAAAGAAAAUAGCCCAGUGAUCAAUAGCUGGGGUUCAUUACCACCGAGUGGUCCCAGGGGUGGCUUUGGGUGGGGAGAAGAUCGACAAAGCUCUGAAGCGAGCGCAUGGGAUACGAUCAGGGGAGGGAGUGGAAAGGGCCGCAAGGUAGAGAGAACGAACGAGUCCUCAAGUAAAGAAACGAGCGCUGGGGGGAAUGGUUGGGGCUCUGUAACGGGAGAGUCAUUCGUCUCUGUUGCUGGCAGCUCUGGGUCUGUAGCCCAGGACACAGUCCGCUAUAGCGACAUAGCAAUGGUCGACGAAGGUCAGCAGGCCUCUGGGUGGGGUGGGCAAGUUACGGGGCAAACUACAAGUGCUGCUGUUACGACCACAGAAUCCAACACAAGGAACGACCCCACAGCCUUCCCAGCCUCUCACCAGGAAAGACGGGACUCAGGCGGCCACAGUCGAGCAGAGGGGAUCAUAAAGCCCAGAAUGACUGGGGAAAAUGCUAUGCUGCAAAUAGACAUUGCUUCGAGAUGGGGCAAAAAGUCAAAUGAGGGGACCGCUCGUCCAAAGCCAGUGCAACCCACCCUAGAAAUACCGAAAGCAACAAUAGAGCCGACGGCGAUAGAUGAAUCGAACAGAGAUGCGACACCAAGACAAGAGAGGUCACUUGAUUCAGGGAAUCCUACACUCGCAUCGAAUGCAUCAAAGCCCGAGUUGACACUCGACCUUCCCUUCACGAUAUCUCCAUUAUCAGAGGCGGCUCGACCAGGAGGUGACAAUGGGCGGAACACAGGGUCCACUUCAACCAAUCCGAGACAGGGACCAAUUGUUUCGCCCUCUUACCAGCCCAUGUCUGCAGUCGCCCUGCAUGUGACAUCGCCUUUGAUGUCUGCUCAGACUCACGACGGGCCGCUAGAGCCACUGUCGGCGGUCUCAAGCAGAGGUCAGAAACCUAGUUCCCUGACUCCUAGAGUUCAAGAAUGGACCGCUCGUAUCGAGGUCUUGACUCGAAUUAUCGAUGCUGACUUGGCGCGACGGCACCUACAACAGUCGGAUGAUUCUCGACGUCACUUGGUAGCAAGAAUUAGUCGAAAGACGCAGCUAGCGCCAGCCAUCCCUGUCUCGCUGAGCGGUGAUAUGGAGCGGAGAAAGAACCAAGCAGAGACGGAAUAUCGCAACGCAUUUGGAUUACUACGGAGUAUCAUCCUAAAGGAUGGGGGAUCCUGGUGGUCAUACCCUCGUUUCGAACACCAGCAAACGGAAGAGAUUUCAAAGUUGACUCGUGAAACAGACGAGCUCAAGCACUCGGUCAGCUCAGUUGAAUCGACUUUCGAUCAUUCCAUGAACGUCAAUCACUCGCCACAGGAGGAGGGUGAAUUGACAUCCAUUUUACCCAAUGCAGAGAACCGGCUCGUCCAAAUCCCCAACAUACCCACGGAGAUUCCAAGCUACCGGGAGAUGAGAUCCGAAAUAGACCACCUCCAAGUCGACCUCCGGGCAGCUCUCGCACGCGUGGCAGACAAACGUGAAGAGCUCCCGAACAUAUUAGAGCAGCUACUCGACGAGGUCUACCCAUCUGUCGACCUAAGCCAAGUUAUAUCGGAAGUCAGUUUGGAUGACCGUGUCGCUGUUUUGAGCGAGCGAUAUCGAAAUCUGGACACCAGUGCGCAGCAGCAUCUCCGGACAUUCAAGAUGGUCCGUUCAGAGCUGCAAUCUUUGGGUACGGAAGCAUCGGCUCAGAUAUUCAGGCUCAGAGAGCUACAACAAGAACGUGAGGGAAUCGAAACGGAGUAUCGGGAGGUCAUUAACCGCGCCAAGACUCUUCGAGAACAGUCAAACUCUCAUGCGUCACUGGUGGAAAGGCUUCAAACACGACUGAGGUCGGAACAAACCAAAGCACAAAUACUCAACCCGCUCAUACCUCAACUUGUAAACAUGGCGACCGAGAGGAAUCAAGAAAGCGAGAACUUCCUCAAAUCCCAAGUUGAAGCGAUGAGACAGAACGCCGUAGAGGAAGAAGGUCGUCUCCAGUCCCAACGACAGGCUCGUUAUCAAGAACUAUUAAGCCAAGUUGCCAACAACCCGGCAUUGGUGGAUAUGAGGCGUGUAGGGGAUCGCAUUGAUCAGAUUUGGACCGAUGUCAUCUCGCCUGCACCUGCAAGACCGUCUUGA